AUGGCACGUUCUACGGAGCUGCAAGGUGCAUUAGAAAGGUUUUGGCUAAUCGAGGAGUUUGAUUCGCACGAUCAAGGUUUCACCGCAGAAGAGCAGGAAUGCGAACGGCAUUUUGUGGCGAACACAAGGUUUCUCCCAUCUGGACGGGUCCAAGUUUGCUUGCCAUUUAAGGAGAAUCCCCACAUGCUAGGUAAAUCGUUUGAAAUUGCCAAAUCCCGGUUUCUGCAAACUGAACGUAGGUUGAGCCGCAAUCCGUUGUUGAAGGAGAUGUACGUACAAUUCAUGAGGGAGUACAUAGAUUUGAAUCAUAUGCAAUUGGCAUCUAAUUUCGAAUCUCAGAAGACACAUUAUGUAAUCCCGCAUCAUGAAGUCCUUAGAUCUGAAAGCACAACUACCAAGCUGCGUGUUGUGUUUGAUGCAUCGUGCAAAACAACGUCGAACCUUUCUCUGAAUGAGUUGUUGAUGAUUGGCCCAAGCAUCCAGCAGAAUCUUAUCCUAACACUUCUUGCCUUUCGCUUACAUCGUCAUGCACUCGUAGCUAAUAUCUGCAAGAUGUAUCGCCAGUUUGAAGUAUCAUCAGACGAUCGUAUGUAUCAACUUGUUCUCUGGAGAGAAUCCUCAGCUGCGCCUUUAGAAUGGUUUCGGCUCAACACUGUCACGUACGGCAUGUCCUGUGCACCAUUUCUAGCAAUCAGGAGCUUGAAAUAUAUUGCGGAUAACUUCUCCAAUCAGUUUCCCAUCGGAGCAUCCGUACUUAAAGAAGAUAUGUACGUCGAUGACCUCCUUACUGGAGCAGACAGUGUCGAAGAGCUUCAUCUUAAGGCUGCAGAGGUCACCAGCAUACUUUCUAAGGCUGGAUUAGAGCUUGCAAAGUGGAACACAAGCAAAAUAGAAGGCGAUGGAGCAGAGUUCCAAUUCAAAGUUGAUACCAAGGAUGUGACGAAGACUUUGGGCAUGUCGUGGCAACCAAAACUCGAUGUGUUCUGUUUCAGGUAUACCCUACCUACAAUCUCUGUCAUCACCAAGCGGAGCAUCGAUUCACUUGUAGCUCACCUGUACGAUUUGCUAGGGCUCGUAUCACCAGUCGUUAUUCGAUGCAAAAUAUUGGUCCAAGAGUUGUGGAUGCAUCAUCUAAACUGGGACGAUCCACUUCCUCCUGAGCUUCAAUCUCAAUGGAAGCAAAUAGAAGAAGAUUUGCACAAUCUUCAAACCAUCGAAGUCCCAAGAUUCAUUAACUCGUCACCAAGAAGUCUAUCGGAAAUACACGGAUUUUCAGAUGCAUCGCAGCGAGCUUAUGGAUAUUCAAGAAUCGUUCUACAGUGGCUUACCAUGCACUCGUCCAGGCUAAACUGUUUCGUCGCCAACCGGAUUUCUGAGAUGCAAUCAACCACGUCAAACAUCACUUGGAGGCAUGUUCCGGGCAAGGACAAUCCCGCGGACAUAGUGUCAAGAGGCUGCGCAGCGUCCGAGCUUAUGGAAACUAUAUGGUUUCGUGGACCAAGCUUUUUACGUCAAGACUCAUCUGGAUGGCCUCAACCAGUACCAAAUUCUCAGGACACCAGUGAAGAGUUGGAGCUGCGGAAAGCAACAGUCCUCACAUGUACCGAUAGUGGUAGCAAGGAAGAUUUACUCGAUGACGUUAUCAACAAAUUCUCAUCCUAUCGGCGCAUUUUGCAAGUCAUGGCUUUUGUGUUGCGCGUCUUCAAUAGAAUCAAGGUCAACAGGAAGGUGAACUUAGUCGAUGUAAUUCAUACACCAUCAACUGAAUUGCAAUACGCGUUCAAGCACAACAUAUCACAUAUUCAGCAGAAGGCCUUUUUCAACGAAAUCCAGCAGCUGAAGGGAAACAAGAUUUUGAAGCCCGAAUUUCAAAAGCUAAAUCCGUUCCUAGCAGCGACGGACGGAUCAAACGGUUCGAUAACACUAUUAAGUGUAGGAGGCCGCUUAGCCAAGGCGCCCAUUUCACUCGAUGCCAAGUUUCCUGUUCUUCUACCAAAAAAUCAUUCCUUCACAUUGAAAUUCGUUGAAUAUCUCCACCAGCAGCACAUGCACGCUAGACCAAAGGCUCUCAUUGGAAUUCGGCGACUUCAGGCUUGGAUUCGCUUCGUCAGUCGCAGAGGCAUCCCACUACGCAUUUAUUGUGACAAUGCAACUAAUUUCGUCGGUGCACGAUCGCAGCUCGAGGACUUUAAGCUGCAGCUGUUCGACGAAGCCAACACAUCGAAUUUGCAGAAGUUCAGCAGCAUCGUGGGAUUCGAGUUCAAGUUCAUCCCUCCGCGUGCUCCCCACUUUGGCGGCUUGUGGGAGGCCGCAGUGAAGUCCAUGAAGAGCCUUAUGAUGAAAAACUUGGGCAACACUGGGCUAACGUACGAGGAGCUUCAAACGAUUGCAAUCGAGUCGGAGGCAAUCUUGAACUCAAGACCAAUGGCACCCCUCUCCGAAGACCCAAACGAUGGGGAGGCGCUUAGCCCAGCGCAUUUGCUUAUUGGGUCCUCUUUGAUGUCCGUACCGGAACCCUCAAUUGACAAUAGCAGACCAUCUUAUCUUACGCGGUGGCAGCGCGUAACGUACUUGAAGCAGCAGUUCUGGGAGCUAUGGAGGCGUGAUUAUUUACACACGCUUCAGGAGCGCUCCAAAUGGCUCAAACCCAAUGCUAAUAUUCAAAUUGGCCAAAUGGUGAUUGUUCACGAGGAUAAUACACCUCCCCAGGAAUGGAUCUUUGGUCGCAUCACCAACACGCAUGUCGGAGCCGAUGGACGAGUACGAGUGGCCGAGAUCAAAGUGAAAAAUGGAACCAUUCGAAGACCCAUCUGUAAGAUAGCGCCCCUGCCUGAGCAAAUUGGUGCUUGA